AUGGCAGGGAAUUUGGGAAUGGAGCAGCUUAUUCCCAUCGUGAAUAAGCUGCAAGAUGCUUUCACACAACUGGGAGUUCAUAUGACUUUAGAUUUGCCUCAGAUCGCUGUGGUGGGCGGACAAUCCGCUGGAAAAAGUUCUGUUUUGGAAAAUUUCGUCGGAAGAGACUUCCUUCCUAGAGGAUCUGGUAUCGUUACACGUCGACCUCUUAUUCUACAGCUGAUUAACGCAAAUACUGAAUGCGCUGAAUUUCUCCACUGUAAAGGAAAGAAAUUCGUUGAUUUCAAUGAGGUCAGAUUGGAAAUUGAAUCGGAAACGGAUAGAGUCACUGGAAGCAAUAAAGGCAUAUCUAACAUUCCCAUUAACUUGAGAGUAUACUCGCCAAAUGUCCUUAAUUUGACGCUCAUCGAUCUGCCCGGAUUGACCAAAGUUCCGAUUGGUGAUCAACCAUUGGACAUCGAGCAGCAAAUAAAAGGAAUGAUUAUGCAGUUUAUUAAACGAGACUCUUGUCUGAUCCUUGCUGUGACUCCAGCUAAUACUGAUUUGGCCAAUUCAGACGCUCUUAAAUUGGCCAAAGAAGUCGAUCCUCAGGGUAUAAGAACUAUCGGAGUAAUUACAAAGCUUGAUCUUAUGGAUGAAGGAACAGACGCCCGUGAUAUAUUAGAAAAUAAGUUGUUACCCCUCAGACGAGGAUAUAUUGGUGUUGUUAAUCGUUCCCAAAAAGACAUAGAAGGCAGAAAAGACAUAAACGCCGCGUUGGCAGCGGAGAGAAAAUUCUUCUUAAGCCACCCUUCGUAUCGGCACAUUGCAGAACGAUUGGGUACUCCGUAUUUACAACGGGUUCUCAAUCAGCAACUCACCAAUCACAUUAGAGAUACUCUGCCCAGUUUAAGAGACAAAUUACAGAAGCAGUUUCUGCAACUGGAGAAAGAAGUCGAACAAUUCAAGCAUUUCAGACCAGACGAUCCUUCUAUUAAAACUAAAGCGAUGUUACAAAUGAUUCAACAGCUUCAAGUGGACUUCGACAGAACCAUCGAAGGUUCGGGUUCGGCCCAAAUUAACACCAUGGAAUUGUCUGGCGGGGCGAAAAUCAACAGACUCUUCCACGAGAGGUUUCCCUUCGAAAUCGUCAAAAUGGAAUUCGACGAGAAAGAAUUGCGCAGAGAGAUCGCUUUCGCCAUUCGUAACAUUCACGGUAUAAGAGUUGGAUUAUUCACGCCCGAUAUGGCAUUCGAGGCAAUCGUUAAAAAGCAAAUAUCCAGAUUGAAAGAACCGUCGUUGAAGUGUGUGGAUUUGGUUGUACAGGAGCUGUCGAACGUUGUUAGAAUGUGUACCGAUAAGAUGAAUCGCUAUCCUCGCUUACGAGAGGAAAUCGAAAGAAUCGUAACCACGCAUAUUAGAAGCAGGGAGCAACACUGCAAGGAACAAUUGUGUUUGCUUAUCGAUUGCGAGCUAGCUUACAUGAAUACAAAUCACGAAGAUUUUAUCGGAUUCGCCAAUGCUCAGAGUCAAUCGGAGAACGCGACUGCCAAAGGAACUCGAGGCACUUUGGGCAACCAGGUGAUUCGGAAAGGUUACAUGUGCAUCCACAAUUUGGGUAUCAUGAAGGGCGGUUCGAGGGAUUAUUGGUUCGUCUUAACGUCGGAGAGCAUUUCUUGGUACAAGGACGAGGAAGAGCGCGAGAAAAAGUACAUGUUACCUUUGGACGGUUUGAAAUUGAGAGACAUUGAACAAGGUUUCAUGUCGAGGAGGCAUAUGUUUGCUAUCUUCAAUCCAGACGGCAGGAAUGUAUACAAAGAUUACAAGCAACUUGAAUUGAGUUGUGAAACCUUGGACGAUGUGGAUUCGUGGAAAGCGUCAUUUUUAAGAGCUGGGGUUUAUCCGGAAAAGCAAACUGAUACCCUUAACGGAGAAGAUUCUUCCGGCGAAAGUGGCAGUAGUUCGAUGGAUCCUCAGUUGGAACGCCAAGUGGAGACGAUUAGAAAUUUGGUGGACAGUUACAUGCGCAUUGUAACUAAAACUACUCGCGAUUUGGUACCCAAAACAGUCAUGUACAUGAUUAUCAAUCACACCAAAGAUUUUAUAAACGGCGAACUGUUGGCUCACAUUUACGCCAGCGGAGAUCAGGCUCAAAUGAUGGAAGAGGCGCCCGAAGAGGCUCAGAAACGCGAAGAAAUGCUGCGAAUGUACCACGCUUGCAAAGAAGCAUUGAACAUAAUCGGCGACGUAUCCAUGGCUACAGUUUCCACGCCGGUUCCUCCACCCGUGAAGAACGACUGGCUGGCCAGUGGCCUUGAAAAUCCCAGGCUGUCCCCGCCGAGUCCCGGAGGUCCUCGAAAAGCCACUCCGCAAAUGAGCGCCGUAGGAUCCAGCGGUUCUUUGGGUUCGAGAGCGCCCCCGCCGCCACCGAGUAGUGGCAGACCAGCCCCCGCGAUUCCGAACAGGCCUGGCGGCGGCGCACCACCGAUGCCUCCCGGCAGACCCGGAGGACAAGCCUUGCCCGCCCCUUUGAUACCCACUCGAGCCGCUGGACAGAAGGGGGGCAUUGCAGUGCCUCCGCAGGUGCAGAUGGCCGUCGGUAAGGCCGUCACGAAUGCCGCUAUCAACGAACUAUCCAACGCCUUCAAAAUGCAUAAUCGACCUGUGCCCAAUAUUCCACCAAGGAUACCGGAUAGGCCUCCGUACGGGAAACCGAAUUAG